ACUUGAGAUAAAUAUUUGGAGCCGUGUCUGGCUGUCCAAUGCCAUCGCCAUGAUGCGCUCUUCACGGGCUCUGCGCCUAUUACAGAUCAGAACAAGGCCAUCACAUGCUGUUUAUCGCGCUCCACGACUGCAGUCAACACGCAAUGGCUAUUGUACCGUGUGCGAGGCCACGGCGGGGAAGGACGCAGCCAAGUCAACAACCAAUCCUCCAGCUUCCCUCGCAGACCAUCGCCAGCUAGGAGUCGAGCAAGAGCUAUUCACUACUUCAGUCUACAGUCCUGGAUCCCCGUUAUUUCUCCCAAAUGGUGCCAAACUAUUCAACAGAUUAACGAAUUUCCUUCGAGCUCAAUACGACCAUUUCGGUUUUCAAGAAGUCAUUACACCGACUAUAUAUAAGAAGUCGCUAUGGGAGAAGUCAGGACACUGGGAUAACUAUGCAGAUGAUAUGUAUUCGGUAACUGGUCGCGGAGCGUCAGGAGAAAAAGAAGGUCGACAAGUGGGAGAAGAUGAGGAGUAUGGGCUGAAGCCUAUGAACUGUCCAGGACAUUGCCUCAUAUUUGCAUCGAAGCAAAGAAGCUACCGCGAUCUGCCAAUACGAUAUGCAGACUUCAGCCCCUUGCAUCGGAAUGAGGUUCAUGGCGCAUUGAGCGGGUUGACGAGAGUCCGGAGAUUUCACCAGGACGAUGGACAUAUUUUCUGCCGACCAUCUCAAAUCCGCCAGGAGAUCUCGAGUACGCUAGAAUUCAUCAAGAUGACUUAUGGAGUGUUUGGGCUGGGUCCAUACCGUCUGGCUCUUUCGACGAGGCCAGCAGAUCAUUUCAUUGGAACAGUCGAGGAAUGGGAUAAUGCCGAAGCAGCUUUAAGGGAAUCUCUGGAUGCUAGUGGGCAAGCGUGGACUGUCAAUGAAGGCGACGGGGCCUUUUAUGGACCAAAGAUUGAUGUCAUCUUGAAGGACUCGGAUGGAAAGGAGCACCAAACUGCCACGAUCCAACUCGAUUUCCAGUUACCAAAGCGCUUUGAGCUGGAAUACCAAGCACCCGCUCCAGAAUUUGAGCAAAAGGGAGAGUCGACAACUGACCACGCCCUCCUUAAUGUACAGGGACCAGUAACACCGGUGUUGAUCCACCGAGCAGUGCUCGGUUCCGUGGAGAGAAUAAUGGCUCUUUUGAUCGAACAUCACAACGGCCAUUGGCCAUUCUGGCUAAAUCCUCGACAGGUGAUGAUCAUCACGGUGAACGACAGCCAGGCUGUGGUGGAAUAUGCUCAAAAAUACAAGAGGUCUAUCCAGGGCAUAGGAUUAUCAAAUCGUGCGCCCAAUGGCUCCCUGGUCAUGAGAGCCCCAGACCGGAUUUCAGUCGACAUAGACGAUAGUCCUCGUUCAGUACAAAAGAAGAUCCGUGAAGCGAAGCAGAAACGCUAUUCUGUCAUCGCUGUGGUCGGCGAGAAAGACAUCGAGACAGGUUGUGUCGUUGUUGACCUCACGGGCAUUCCAAAAGCCGAAGAAUGGAUGCCCAAGCAUCCAGCCUUGAGACGUGCCGCAUCCACACAUACGGCAAUCUCAAAAAAGCCGAAAGAUGGGUCCGUAAUAAGGGGCGUCCACAAAGAUUUUGACAUGGAGAAGUCGGUCAAACGUCCGUUGAGCCAUCCUAACCUGGCACCAGAGCAGUUGAAGAGCCUACCAAUCUCGGCAAUGGAGUUGGGUAAGUUUCUGGGCGAUAUGGCAACACAACACAGAUAGUACACGAAGAUUUAUGCCGUUGUAAAAUACUAAAUAGAUGUACAU